AUGUCGAAGAGCGAGUGCAUCUGGAAAUGGCUCGGCGCAACGACUGACGACAACCUCAUCGAUCCCAAUACCAACCCCGCCAGCGCCGACGUCGUCUUCGUCCCCGCCCUCGUCCCCAGCAAUCGCGAUCACGACCCGAAACACCCUCGUCGAGGUCUCAAACGCCCCGCGUCCAAAGAGACCAUCGCCGUCCCCGACCUCGACUUCUCUAUUUCGCACAACACCAGAAAGGAAAGCAACCGGACCAUCCUCACGCCCCCAGUGUCGACGACAGACCGCGACCUACCACCCCUCCGACCCGCCGUCGUCAUGAGCCAGGAAGGGACCCCACGGAAGAGACCUCGUCCCCUCCCCGACAGUGACCACACACCCCGUGCCUCGUCCUCUGUCUCGAACCCCCCCCUCGCACCACAAGACUCGGUCUCGCGCACUGGAAGCACAAGCGCCACGGGCUCCUCCGCCUCGGGCCGAUCCAGCAGGUCCCCGACUAAGCUGUUGAACGCCCUGGAACUCAAAGAACCCCUGCAGAUAGAAUUCAAGUUCUUCUCUGAUGCCGACGUCUCCGAAAGUAUUCACCUCCCUCCCGCUCUAGCAGAGGUCCGGGACACUAUCUACGACUUUUACAAAGACCGACGUAUCAUCCCCUUGUCCCACAAGGUGCGUUGCCCCCAUCCCGUCCCAUCCAUCACCUGCCACAUCGGUAGGGAUAACAGCCCCAUCCUGCCGCUUCCGUCGCUAACCCUUUGCCUGCUUUUCCUCCCGACACAGACCGAAGCCGCUACCAUCCGUGGCCCAGAGGCAAGGGACAUAUCGAGCCUCACCCUUUUCGAAGACACCUCCGAGCCCCAACGAUACGGUCCAAUUCCUCCUGUCCGGUCGCUACGCGCGGCGGUCAGGAACUCGUCCAAGUUCGCCAGCCAGCGCGCGUCGGAGCCCAUGUGGAACACCGAGGUCCACGCCCAUCUGCUACGCCUCGCCCUCCGGCCAGAUCUCGAAGACGUCGACAACGGUCUCGUCAACUUCACCGUUGCGACCACCGCCCGCACGCACCAUCUGCUCCACAACGGAGGCCCUUCCAAGAUGAUUGACUUUGCCAUGUACAUUGAUACCGAGGUCGUCCAGGACAUGCACCUCUCGCAGCGCAUCAAGGAACUCCGCCAAAAGUUCCCCUCUAACGCCGUCAACUCCACGCCAUACCACUUUCUACGCAACAAGCCCAUCUCCGUGACCAUCGAGACUAAGAGGAGCGAUGGCCUCGAGCAAGCCGUGCUGCAGAUCGGCAUUUGGCAAGCCGCCCACUGGGCCUACCUCGACCGUAUCGCCUCCAAGAAGGGUGCCACCCUCGACGGCCUAGAGUUCCUCCCGGGCCUGGUCGUGUCGGGGGCCGACUGGUAUUUUGUCGCAUCUACCAGAGAGGGCCAGCGAACGGCAUGUCCCCCUUCCCCGACGUUGUGGGAGAAGCAGCCCAUCGGAUCUACGCAGUCGCUUGUUGGAACCUACAAGGUUAUCCGGACCAUACAGUACCUGGCAUGGUGGUCGGCCGAGGUGUACUGGCCGUGGUUCAUGAGCACCAUUCUCUCGUAA